UAUCCAGGAAGUAGGUCCCGUUGCUAAGCAAACUCACCCGUUGUGAGGCAGAAGUGAUCGCUGGAUCCUGACAUUGAGUAUCACAGUGUUUACGCUCAGAAGAUGUCGCGUGAAUCGUCGCUGAAGAAGAGACCGGGCACAGCUCUCUCCAUCGUGUCUGAGUUCAGGGGGUCUGCUUCAUUAAACCCCAAACCUGCUGCUGAAGAGCUGCUGCUCGAUCAGAGUCUCUCGCCGGAGAAACUGAAAAUCCUCUCUGGAUCAGACGAGUUACAGGAGGUGACGUCACUGGAGAUGUGUGUCGACACCCGAGAGGAGACUCUGGACAACUUCGGAAUCCACUUGCCCAAACUUACACGGCUGAAAAUGAACAACAGUCUGAUCUCGUCUGUGCGGGAUCUGGGAACCGGUCUUUCCCUCCUGCAGGUCUUGUGUCUGGCUCGAUGUGGUCUGACCGACCUGGAGGGGAUUUCUGCUCUUUCCUCCUUAAAGGAGCUGUAUGCGGCGUUCAACAGCGUCUCAGACCUGAGUCCAGUCAGUUUGCUGGAGGAUCUGGAGCUGCUGGAUCUGGAGGAGAACGAGGUUGAAGAUCAGGCUCAGUUGUGGUAUUUGGGCCGCUGUGUGAAGCUCAGGACACUUUCACUGGAAGGAAACCCUGUGUGCACCCGCCCCGCUCCAGGAGCCUCUGAGGUCUGCGGCUACAGCUACAGGUCUGCGGUGCGUGAGCUGAUCCCUCAGCUGAUCUUCCUCGAUGACGUUCCUGUUGAAGAGGACAAACCUCAACGCUGCAGAACUUCGCUGCAGGACUGGACUCUUCUCAGAGAAUCCAUCAGAGACGCUUCGGUCAGUGACGGCCGGGAGCUCACAGAUGCAGACAAACAGCAGCCUCUGAAGAGUGUCUCAGCAGCACUCGAGGUGUUUCAGAAGCAGAGAUGUGUCAGUGUGAGCGGCGUCAGACCUGGAGAUCUGAGAAUCUCCUCCAGGAGUCUCUCCAGCCGUCCAGACAGCGCCAGACCUCUCACUUCCUGCAGCGGAUCAAGCCCAGGAUCGACCGGCUCCGACAUCGCCGUCCUGAACCACGAGGCCAGUGAUCUGAAGAACGGUGUUGGGAGAGUUCUCUGUGGGAAUCCACUACAAGCUGCUCGAGCACGAAGACAGAAAAUAAAGCUCCAAAUCUCUGGCUCUCAAACUCUUCCCAGCACACGGAUCAGCAGCUUCGUUCCUGAACACACGCUUGAGCGUGAAGAGUGCAGCAGCCGCGAUCACAGCCGUGUUCUUACUGAACUCAGGAGCUGGAGGAUUGAGCACAACAAACGUCUGCUGGUUAUUGAGAAGGAGCGGCAGCCGCAGGUGAUGAAGAUCCACCACAGCGAUGAUGAUGAUGAAGAUGAUGAUGAAGGCAGUCACAGCCAUAGUUUCAGCAGCGAUGACAUCACUAGAGACACGAGCUCUCCUGAUUGGUCCGUUCAGUGUCCCUCAGCAGAAUCUCCAGAGACGCUGAGACUCAGCUCUUCAUCAGGCUGUUCGAUGUCUCCCUCUCCUCCACCCAGAGCAGCAGCAGCGCCCCCUGCUGGCCGUAGGAUCACGCAGCUCCGCACUCGGAGGCUCAGAGCUCAUGAUGCAGACGUCAGUAAAGCGUGA